AUGUCAAACGCCUUGGUGUCUCUGAUCGGAAAGAAGGUGCUAGGUGAGACCGCCAAGAAUCAUUUUGGCACCGAGGACCCUUACUUUGAGGAAGUUCCUGCUUCACGUCUUGGUCGUACAUUCGGCAAAAAGACCCAAAAGCGUCGCAAGGCCAUCCCACCUGGGCUCUCAGAGAAUGAUACCAAGGUCCUUACAAAGGUCAAGCGCAGAGCCUACCAGUUGGACUAUGCUCUUUUCAGCUUGUGUGGAAUUCGCUUUGGCUGGGGAAGUGUAAUUGGGCUCAUUCCAUUCAUCGGUGACGCUGGCGAUGCUGCCCUCGCAAUGAUGGUUGUGAGAUCUUGCGAAAAGAUUGACGGUGGACUUCCUGCAGCCCUGCGCAUGAAGAUGUUGAUCAAUGUGAUCAUUGACUUCUUUAUUGGCCUCGUCCCUUUCAUUGGCGAUCUUGCCGAUGCAAUGUUCAAAGCCAAUACCCGAAAUGCCGUCCUUCUCGAAAGCCACUUGCGCCAAAAGGGUGCCAAAACAACCUCAAAGCGAAGCACACGACAUGGCCAGGCAGUUGAAGUUGAUAAUAGUCUUCCCGAUGCAUUUGAUAGGCAGGAAGGUGGAGUGAUGAGCGACGGACCACCAGCAUAUGAUGACAUGCAGCCCUCAGGUCAUGGAGGAAGGCACAACGCAGCCCCCCAUCCUCCAGCCAAGCCCCAGCCAGCCCAUCAGUCACGGAAUAACCGUUCAUCAGGUAGAUGGUUCGGUGGUGCAGAUCAUCUAGAAGAUGAUUUGGAGCGAGGCCAAAGGAGAUGA